AUGGAUCCAGAGCAGCAGCUAAGCCACAUCCUACAGGACAGCUUCUCCGUACCUCAGUCCCCUGUGUGGAUGGACUCUAGCUCCAGGACUCAGUGUGAUGCACUGGAGCGAGCAGCAGGGGGCGCUCUACGACUGUCUGAGAUCACUGGCUCCAAGGCCUAUGAGCGCUUUACAGGAAACCAGAUCUCCAAAGUGUUCCACACUCGACCAGAAGAGUUCUACCAGACUGAGAGGAUUUCGCUUGUCAGCAGUUUCGCAGCCUCUCUGUUCCUGGGAAAAUAUGCUGCAAUUGACUUCAGCGAUGGGUCUGGGAUGAACCUCUUGGACUUGUCUUCUAAGGCCUGGUCUGACGUCUGUCUAGAUGCCUGUGCACCAGGACUGCGCCCUCUCCUGGCUGACCCUGUGGACUCCUCAUCAGUCCUGGGCUCCGUCUGCUUGUACUUUGUGAAGCGGUUUGGAUUCUCAGAAACCUGCAGCGUCGUGGCUUUCACCGGAGACAAUCCUGCGUCUCUGGCUGGGAUGAGACUUCAGCCUGGAGAUGUCGCUGUCAGUUUAGGCACCAGUGAUACAGUGUUCCUGUGGCUGCAGUACCCCCAGCCGGCACUAGAGGGACAUGUCUUCAUCAACCCAGUCCAGCCAGAGCACUACAUGGCCCUGCUGUGCUUUAAGAACGGGUCGCUGGUGCGAGAGCGGAUCCGGGAUCAGACUGGAGGCUCCUGGGAUAAAUUCUCCUCAGCUCUGAGCUCCAGUCCCCUCGGGAACAACGGGAACAUUGGACUUUACUUUGACGUGAUGGAGAUCCUCCGGCAGCAUGCGGCGUGCGGCGCUUUGAUGCUGACGAUAACGAGUUUUGCUGGUGUUCUGCAGGUGGCGUCCUUCCCUCCUCACACUGAGGUGCGCGCUCUGCUGGAGGGACAGUUCCUGUCACGAAGACUACACUCAGAACGACUGGGAUACCACAUCUACGUGUUUAACGCUCCUGUCUUCACCAUCGACAGCUCCAACUCGGCAUGUCUCGGAUCAGCCUACAGAGCUCUUCAUGGUUUGUUGAAACAGUCCGGUGUUUCGUUCUUCGAUGCAGUGAAGAACGGAGCAGAACCAAAACUCCCAUGGCGACGCCGGAUCCAACAGCCAAUCAGGUGA